AUGAAGGGACCUAAAUCUCUCACCAUUGUGAUAAAGCUCGGUACGAGUUCGAUCGUUGAUGAGAAGACUCAUGAGCCAUUGAUCGAUAUUUUGAGUCUUAUUGUGAAGACUGCGGUGAAACUUCAUAAAGAUGGCCAUAAGGUCAUCAUUGUGUCGUCUGGGGCUAUUGGGGUGGGUCUGAGGAGGAUGGAUCUUGAGAAGAGGCCGAAAUAUCUUCCAAGGAUACAGGCUCUGGCAGCAAUUGGUCAAUGUCGACUCAUAAGUCUUUGGGAUAGUUUGUUCGGCCACUUAAGACAACCCAUCGCUCAGAUAUUGCUCACCAGAAACGACAUUGCGGAUCGGACACAAUAUCUCAAUGCCCAAAACACGUUUGCUGAGCUCCUCGAAAUGGGCGUUAUUCCAAUUGUGAACGAAAACGACACCAUCGCGGUCACAGAAAUCAAGUUCGGUGACAACGACACAUUGUCAGCCAUCACCGCCGCAAUGGUUCAUGCCGAUUAUCUCUUCCUAAUGACAGACGUGGACUGUUUAUACGACAAGAACCCGCGGUCUCACCCAGAUGCCAAAGCCAUUGAGGUGGUAGAAGACAUCUCCAUGCUAGAAGCAGACGUAUCAAGCGCCGGUUCUGCCCUUGGAACAGGCGGCAUGUCCACCAAGAUCGUCGCCGCACGCCUCGCCACCUCUGCCGGCGUAACAACAAUAAUAACACGCUCCUCCAACCCCGGCAACAUAGCCAACAUAGUCACCUACGUCCAAUCCCUCAAAUCGUCGCCUCAAUCCAUCACGCCCCAACCCUGUUCACCACCCUCAGGCAAUAUAUCUCCCGCCAUAACCUUAGUCAACGAGCCCCUCUCCCGCCCAACAGCAUCUCUCAAACUCGAGCCCGUCCCAGUUGCUCCAUUACACACCCGCUUCAUCCCCUCUCCUCAACCGAUACGAGAUCGCUAUUUCUGGCUCCUCCACGGCCUCGCUCCCCACGGCACAGUCUACAUCGACGCCGGCGCUCACCGCGCCCUAGAAAACAAAGCAGGCCUCCUGCCGGUCGGCGUAGUAGACGUGGAAGGCACAUUCGCGCAACAGGAAGCCGUGCGUCUUGUCGUUGUUGAUCGGAUUCCGCGGUCUGCGCUUUCCCCGAGAUCUUCCACAUCAACUCUUGUCAACGGUAUCAACCACGGGGUCAAGUUAUGGGAAGGUCCAGGAAUGGAGGUAGGCAGAGCGUUGGUGAACUAUAGCGCUAUAGAGAUCAUGAGGAUUAAGGGCGUGAGGAGUGGUGAGAUUGAGGGGUUGCUGGGGUAUGCGGAGAGUGAGUACGUGGCGCUGAGGGAGAAUAUUAGUUUCUUUAAGAGGGAGAGCCGGCCAGUUACGCCGAGCUUAGAGCUAUUGUAG